AUGCCUGCGACAACGGCCGAAACCCUCUCCCUCGUCACCCAGCGCAAUGUCUCCGUAGCGCCCCUCGUCCUCUUGUCCGCAGUCGAUCACUACAACCGCACAGUCGUGAAGGGCUCUAAGAGGCGGGUUGUAGGUGUUCUUCUCGGUCAGAAUGAUGGAAAGGACGUCAGAGUCUCCAACAGCUUUGCUGUACCAUUCGAGGAGGAUGACAAGGACCCCUCUGUGUGGUUCCUCGACCAUAACUAUGUCGAGAACAUGAACGAGAUGUUCAAGAAGAUCAACGCCCGCGAGAAGCUAAUAGGAUGGUACCACUCCGGACCUAAGCUCCGUGCCUCCGAUCUCGAGAUCAACGAGCUCUUCAAGCGAUAUACCCCCAACCCUCUGCUCGUCAUCAUCGACGUACAACCCAAGGAGGCUGGCGUGCCAACCGACGCGUACUUUGCCAUUGAGGAGAUCAAGGAUGACGGAACCACGACCGCGAGGACAUUUGUCCACACCCCCUCAGUCAUCGAAGCCGAGGAAGCCGAGGAGAUUGGCGUAGAGCACCUGCUACGAGAUAUCCGCGACGUCGCCGCCGGCACCCUAUCAACCCGCAUAACUAACCAGCUCCAGUCUCUACAAGGUCUGCAUCUGCGCCUCCGCGAGAUUGGUGCGUACCUGCAAAAGGUUCUCGACAAGGAGCUACCCGUCAACCACGCCAUUCUCGGCAACCUCCAGGACGUCUUCAACCUCCUCCCCAACUUGGCGGCGCCCAAGGGAGAUGGCAAGCCGGGCGUCAGCGAGCUCUCCUAUGCCAUGGGCGUGAAGACCAACGAUCAGCUCAUGUCCAUCUACCUGAGCAGUUUGAUCAGGGCCAUCACGGCGUUCCAUGACCUUAUCGAGAACAAGAUACAGAACAAGCAGCACAACGAAGAUAAGGAGAAGGAGAAGGAGAGCGUUGACGACAAGGCAAAGACGAAGGAGGGCGAGAAGGAAAAGGAGAAGGAGAAGGAGAAGAAGAAAUAA